UAUUUUUGUGCAUGGCAAGUGGGACCUUAGGAAGGAAGGCAACUGUGAGGCUUCUGAGAAGGACCCUACACAAGGGAGUUUCCUCCCAGGACACGUGAAUGGAGAGGGUGGCAGAAGCCUAUGGGCAAGGGUCACAGGGAGCUACAGAGUGCCACCACCCUUCCUGGGGAAUGCAGGGCAAGGUCCCUGGUGGGAGUUUUCCUGGGAAGCCAGAGAAGCACCCCAUGAAGACAGAAUCAACAUUUGGGUACCUUCAGUACCCAGAGGCAGCAAUGCCAACUACAACCACGCUCUGCAUAGAUUCUCUGAUCUCUUCCUCCUUCAUGGCACCAGCCCUGGGGAACCAGCAUGGUGGGGAAAUAAUAAAGCUGGAAUACAACCACUUAUAGGCUUCACAACCUCCUCCUGUAGACACCAAAUGGAUUUUAGGAUCACAUUUUAUUUCUCACCUGAGCAAGAAAAGCUACAGGAGCAUCUCAAGCAGGGGGCAGGAGUCUCCAGAGGAGUUCAGGGGGCUCUGGCAAGAAAAAUCAAGGGUCUGCAUUCAAGAACUGGCUCCCCUGGCAAUUGUAUUACGAAGCCCAUGUGUGCUGGGUGCCGGUGAAAUUGCUGUCAAAUGCCUGUGCGGCCUUGGCAAGGCCCUUUAUUUCUCUGGGUCUCCGUUUCUCUAGCUGUGAAAUGACUGUUCUAAAAGAGCCCUGCUGGACUUUGGCAGUCUGUAAGAAGACCUGAGUUCUCCUCUCAGUUCCAAGCAGGAAAAUUGAACGUAUCCUGAGCCCAGAGCCUGCAACAAACUCUGGGCAGCCUCAGGAAGUCAGGCAGUGAAGUCCGAAAAAUGAUCUCUUCUGUAUAGGGAGGAAAUACAAAUUUCAAAAUUUGUAGUUUGAAAAUGUCAGUUGCUAUGUUAAUUUUUAUGUUACUAUUUUUUCCAUUUCCUGGUAAUGACAUGCUGUUAUCU